ACCACCACCACCACCACCACCACCGCAACCACAAUCCAAGGUCGUGAUCCCAUCUAGGGAUCCCGAUGCCCUCUUCAGCGGCGGUGGUAUCAGCUUCCUUACUGGAAACAAAAAUGCAAGAUUCAGCUAUGGAUAUUCCAGUUUCAAAGGUAAAAGAUCUUCAAUGGAGGAUUUUUAUGAGACAAGAAUAUCAGAAGUUGAUGGCCAGAUGGUUGCUUUUUUUGGUGUAUUUGAUGGUCAUGGUGGUUCAAGAACAGCAGAAUAUCUUAAGAACAACCUUUUCAAGAAUUUAAGUAGCCAUCCAGAUUUUAUUAAAGACACUAAAUCAGCUAUUGUUGAGUCAUUUAGACAGACAGAUGUUGAUUACCUUAAUGAAGAAAAAGGCCAGCAAAAAGAUGCUGGUUCAACUGCAUCAACAGCUAUGUUACUAGGUGAUCGGCUUCUUGUUGCAAAUGUGGGAGAUUCCAGAGUAGUUGCUUGUAGAGCUGGUUCAGCUAUCCCUUUGUCUAUUGACCACAAACCUGAUAGAUCUGAUGAACGCCAAAGAAUUGAACAAGCUGGGGGUUUCAUCAUUUGGGCAGGAACGUGGCGGGUUGGUGGUGUUCUUGCAGUUUCUCGUGCAUUUGGAGAUAAACUACUUAAGCCAUAUGUUGUAGCUGAACCUGAAAUUCAGGAAGAAGAAAUUGAUGGUGUUGAUUUUAUUAUAAUUGCUAGCGAUGGACUUUGGAACGUCCUAUCAAAUAAGGAUGCGGUGGCGAUAGUGCAGGAUAUAGCUGAUGCAGAAGCAGCUUCAAGAAAACUUAUAGAAGCAGCCUAUGCAAAAGGGAGCUCUGACAACAUUACUUGUGUGGUUGUUCGCUUUGAGAACGUUUAGACCACACAUUAAGGUUCUAAGGACCCUGAAGAAUGAUCAAGCUAAUGGGUUAAAGAAAAGACUUAUUAUUUGGCCUUGCUUUACUUUCAACAAAUGGUUAUCAAUUGUUCAAUGUGAUGACUGAGUUUUUAAAUUGUUAGGGUCCCAUCAGUGUCUAUAUUUUAGUGUUUGAUUAUUGGCUUGCUUAAUCCCAAUGUAAUUCUAAAUGUGUUUUUCCUUUUUUAUUUUUAUUUUUUUUCUUGGGGUGAAAAAUACAAAUUUCUUGUCCCAGUUGGGCAUCCCCAUCCCCUUGUAAUUGUAUCAUUGUCAGUUAUAUGCUUUUAUCGCAGUUAAGCUAACUUGAGGGCUUGGUUAAAUUAAUUGGCACGUGUUAUUGCCGAAGAUGACAUAAAAUUGUUACAUUAAUCUCUAAUUGUUCAGUAAUAAUAAGCUACAGAUUUCUGUUGUUC